UCCGCCUCUGGCGAAUGGCUCCGCUCUAGCGCGCGCCGCGGGCUCAGCUGCGACCCCGGCCCCGCCCCCGGGACCCCGGCCAUGGACGACCUGUUCCCCCUCAUCUUCCCCUCAGCAGAGCCAGCCCAGGCUUCUGGCCCUUAUGUGGAGAUCAUGGAGCAGCCCAAGCAGCGGGGCAUGCGCUUCCGCUACAAGUGCGAAGGGCGCUCUGCGGGGAGCAUCCCUGGUGAGAGGAGCACAGAUACCACGAAGACCCACCCCACUAUCAAGAUCAAUGGCUACACAGGACCAGGGACAGUUCGCAUCUCCCUGGUCACCAAGGAUCCUCCACACCGGCCUCACCCUCAUGAGCUCGUGGGGAAGGACUGCCAUGAUGGCUUCUAUGAGGCUGAGCUCUGCCCUGAUCGGAGCAUCCACAGCUUCCAGAACCUGGGUAUCCAGUGUGUGAAGAAGCGGGACCUGGAACAGGCCAUCAGCCAGCGCAUCCAGACGAACAACAACCCCUUCCAAGUUCCCAUAGAAGAGCAGCGUGGGGACUAUGACCUCAAUGCCGUGCGGCUCUGCUUCCAGGUGACAGUCCGAGACCCAUCCGGCAGGCCACUCCGCCUGCCGCCUGUCCUCUCUCAUCCUAUCUUUGACAACCGCGCCCCCAACACUGCAGAGCUGAAAAUCUGCCGAGUGAACCGAAACUCUGGGAGCUGCCUGGGCGGGGAUGAGAUCUUCCUGCUGUGUGACAAGGUGCAGAAAGAGGACAUUGAGGUCUAUUUCACGGGACCUGGCUGGGAGGCCCGAGGCUCCUUUUCUCAAGCUGAUGUGCACCGGCAAGUGGCCAUUGUAUUCCGGACCCCUCCCUACGCAGACCCCAGCCUGCAGGCACCUGUGCGUGUUUCCAUGCAGCUGCGGAGGCCUUCUGAUCGCGAGCUCAGUGAGCCCAUGGAGUUCCAGUACCUGCCAGACACAGAUGAUCGCCAUCGGAUUGAGGAGAAACGCAAAAGGACAUACGAAACCUUCAAGAGCAUCAUGAAGAAGAGUCCUUUCAGUGGACCUACUGAUCCCAGGCCUUCACCCCGGCGCAUUGCUGUGCCUUCCCGAAACUCAACUGUCCCAAAGCCAGCCCCCCAGCCUUACGCCUUUCCACCAUCCCUCAGUACCAUCAACUUUGAUGAGUUUUCCCCCAUGCUGUUACCUUCAGGGCAGAUCCCAAACCAGGCCUCAGCUUUGGCACCUGCCCCUACCCAAGUCCUGGCCCAGACUCUGGCCCCUACAUCAGCCAUGGCAUCAGCUCUGGGCCAGGCCCCAGCCCCCGUGCCAAGCCUCCCCCCAGGCCCUCCCCAGUCUGUGGUCCCACCUGCCCCAAAGACCACCCAGGCUGGGGAAGGCACACUGUCGGAGGCCCUGCUACAACUGCAGUUCGAUGCUGAUGAAGACCUGGGGGCCUUGCUUGGCAACAGCACAGACCCAGCUGUAUUCACAGACCUGGCAUCUGUUGACAACUCGGAGUUUCAGCAGCUGCUGAACCAGGGUGUAUCCAUGCCCCACCCCACGACCGAGCCCAUGCUGAUGGAGUACCCUGAGGCUAUCACUCGCCUGGUAACCGGGUCCCAGAGGCCCCACGAUCCAGCUCCUAACCCACUGGGGGCCUCAGGGCUCCCCAAUGGCCUCUCAGGUGAUGAGGACUUCCCCUCCAUUGUGGACAUGGACUUCUCAGCCCUUUUGAGUCAGAUCAGCUCCUAAGAGGGUGAUGCCGGCCCUACCCAGAGCACCAGGUUGCAGGGACUGAAGCCCCCCCCCCAAAGCACUGUGGAUUCUGGGGAGUGUGCUCCAACUGCCCCCACCUUCUUUGGGUGGCAUCUGGGGGCGGCACAUUUUAUUCUUUGGCAGUGUCUCUCUCCUUUUUGGAGGUGCUUAAGCAGAAGCAUUAACUUCUCUGGAAAUGGGGAGGACUCUUACUCUCUCUUCCCGUCUUGAUGGUGGGCUCCCUUCUCUGUAGGGAACUCUGGAGGCCCCUUCCACAGCCUCCAGCUUACAGCGCUCUCCUGAAUAGAGGAGCAGCUGCAACUAUGGCCUCCAAGGCCACUAAGCCUUAUUAUCAAGUGUCUUCCUCACAUCACAAAUUCAUUUACACCACGGGCUAAAAUAAUGCUCCUAUUGCAGCCUCUGUGUGGCAUUGCCUGACACCAGCACUUGAGGGGCUGGCCUUCCUGCCCUGUAGGUCUGUACCAGCUCUUUCCUUGCUCAGCGAAGGCUGAAGUCCAGGAUCCCCAAGGGAGUGUGGAGACUUCCCUGCUCCCCCUCUUCUCAAGUGCCUUAAUAGCAGGGCAAGUUGUAUGAGAAUAGUGGAGAGUAGGCUGGAAGCUCUUCAGCCAAGAAGCAAGUCUUUAACCGAAGAAUCGAAGCAGUUGGACUCUCGCUCUUUCUAUUCUGAACUAAUAAAUAUGUUGCCAAGCUGGC